AAAGUGCGAGCGGAGAUGGGGAAAAGAUGCAGAGAGAAGAUGAUCAGCGACCACCGACGCGUGCUUCAUGAAUCAUGACUCAGCGCGCUCAAAGACCUUCACCCUCAAAAGGGCGCCCGCCUCUUGCCUGGGGAGGAACUUCGAACUUGCCAACAACAAAAGGGACUAACAGUGCUCAGCUUUUGCAGAAGGUUGAGACGUCUUUUGUCACAACUAAAGUGUGCAGCUCAGAGUCCGACCGAAAUGACAUUUUCCCACGCGUCCUUCCACAGAGGCAUCAGGCUGAUGUCAACAGCGGCUCGCUCGUCCAAGCUCACCAUCGGGCUCAUUCCGGCGGACGGGAUUGGGAAGGAAGUCAUACCGGCUGCACGUCAAGUCCUGGAAGCCGUGUCCCCCAACCGGUUCUCGUUCCUUUCCCUAGACGCGGGCUUUGAACAUUUCCAGAAGACGGGCAAGGCGCUUCCGGAUGAAACUGUACAGGCUCUACGGACAAAAUGCGCUGGGGCUUUAUUUGGUGCUGUGAGCUCCCCUUCUCAUAAGGUCGCGGGAUAUUCAUCGCCUAUUGUUGCUUUGCGCAAGACCAUGGAUCUGUAUGCAAAUGUCAGGCCGGUGGCUAGCCCGGUUGGCUCGUCGGAAAAGCCAAUCGAUAUGUUGAUCAUCCGCGAGAACACGGAGUGCUUGUACAUCAAAAGCGAAAGGAUAGAGACAGCAGCAGACGGGACCAAAGUCGCAUGGGCCGACCGGAAAAUCUCCGAGUUCGCAUCCAAGCGCGUCGGACGAAUGGCGUUUAACCUCGCGUUGAAGCGAGCAGAACUACGCAAAGCUCGCUCGGGAGGCGCGCAGACCGUGCCACCGAAAGUGACCGUCGUGCACAAGUCCAAUGUGCUGAGCGUCACAGACGGGUUGUUCCGCGAGUCGGUCCUGGCCGUGCAGAGCGAGAAGCCCGAAUACGCCGCUGUGAAGGUCGAGGAGCAGUUGGUAGAUUCGAUGGUGUAUCGUAUGUUCCGGGAACCGCAUGUGUUUGAUGUUGCUGUGGCGCCGAAUUUGUAUGGGGAUAUUAUCAGCGACGGGGCGGCGGCAUUAGUCGGAAGUCUCGGAGUCGUCGCCAGCGCAAACGUCGGCGAUAACUUCGUCCUCGGUGAACCAGUCCACGGCUCGGCCCCCGACAUUGCCGGCAAAGGCAUCGCCAACCCAAUAGCAGCCAUCAGAUCCGCCGCCCUGCUGCUCGAACAUCUGGGUCUACCCGCGGAGGCGGCGAGGAUUCACGCGGCGGUGGAUAAGGUGCUUUUGGGUGGGAAGGAGAGCUUGACGCCGGAUUUGGGGGGACGCAAUACGACCGAGGGUGUUACCGGGGCGGUUAUUAGGAGUCUCUGAUGCGGCGUAUCAGUUUGGCUUUUUCGAAAAACCGGAGUGGCUGUUACUUUUAUGGUUUUUUAGAGUGGAUUCUUUGUAUGAUAGACUGAAUGAAGUUUAAUAGGCAUGCGGAAUAUGCGAACGGGAAGUGUAGGACGCUGG